AUUGUCUGAGCAGCUGUUGAAGCAGGGAGCAGAUCCAAAUGAAAUCCUACAAGUCGAGGGGGUAGCACCUAUGCACAUAGCUGCAGGACUCAGUGAUUCUGCAACACAGUUACUGCUAGAUUAUAAAGGCAAUCCUAAUGUCAGCCAAGCAUUAGGAUAUCCUACAGCAGUCUUCGACAAAUCCCGGGAGUCCGAUGCCCGGGACCUGGUAGAAUUGGUAGCGGGCAUGUGGAAGUUGCACACUUACAAGCCCGAAGGGCAUGAUGGGGAGACAGCAUUUGGUAGUGCAAGAAAAUUCAGUAAAUGUGAAUGCUUGGACACAAUCAAGUCACACAUGUCAGAAGAACUGGACUCAAGUUCAAGUACCAUGAAAGACCUUUUAAUGAAGAAUACGUACUGCAUGGAUGUGACAUCUCCAGAUCAUCCAUACAUUGACAUCAAAGGAAGGAGAAAUGACACUCUGACAUCAGAGGAGUCAUUUCUUACUUGUACUAGUCACUGGGACACAUGUGCAUGUGGUCAACAGCAGAACUGUCCUUGUUUAAACCAAAACAGAAAUGCACUCAGAAGCAUUAGUCCAAAGACAGACAUUGGACAGGAAGACAAGACCAAGGAAAGAAAAAGUGUCAGAAACAGUGAAAACUAUGUGUAUGAGGUUUUCAAAGAUAAAAAGACUUCACCGAGAUGUUCUCCACGGCCAUUUUACCCGGUUAAUUUGAGUGAUCUGAUGACUUCAGAUGAAAGCUUUUGUCCUGAAAAUAAUGAUGUUCUCAGGCAGUUCAGUGCCAUGAACCUCAAAUCUACACAGAACGUCAGAUCUUCUAUUCAGACCGUCAGAUCUCCUAACCAGAGGAAAGUCUUCUCACCCCCUGUAGCUCUACCGUCCUCUCUACCAGCAAACCUGAGCGACCUUUUGACAUCAGAUGACAGCUUUUGUGCUCCAAGUAAACCCAGUUUUGCUAAAAGUUUAAGUAGUCUUGCCUUGAAAUCCCCAAGUAAGAAGGAACUUGUCAGACAAUGGCAUCAGCAAAAUUUUCCAUCAGCCACUGACUCUUGUUCGUCCACUCUUGAACAGUCAGGAAACUCUGAAGAUACUGAACUGUAUGAUCCAUAUGAUGAUCUCAACAAGACACUACCAUACAGCAUAGACACCAUAUCUCUGGCAAGUACCGCAGAGUCCACAAUUCACUACUGGGAAGAUCCAGACACCGGUAACAAACUGGUAGAAAAACAUAUCUUAUCGUCAUUCUGUGGAAGUAGUGGCUGUCCAUCCAGCAACAGUAUUUGUAGCCAGUCAACAGUGGACUCCCAGAAGACAGAACUGUAUGACUGGAAACACUACUCCCACAAAUCAGAUGACAUAAAUAAUGUGUUGUCUAAUAAAGAAAUCCAUCAGAAGUUAAAGGGCCUAGGGGACAACCCUGGACCAGUUGUUCUGUCUACUAGGCAGACAUACCUAGCAAGACUUAAACAACUGGAAACCAAUCUACAAGGGGGCCAGCUUGGGAUUUUGAAGAAGUUACCAGAUUACCCGUCAGUGCUGCUUAAUAGUUUUGAGGGACACUUUGAUAUGGUGGGUCUGCGGGAGAUGGAGGACGACCUGUUUAAGGUGUUUAAUGACAAGAGUCUGUCUGGGACCUGGAGGGAGGGGGCCCUGAAAUCCUCCUUUAACUACCUCUUACUGGAUCCUCGGAUCACUCAGGACCUACCCAACAGGGCAGAUAACCUCGGUGAAUUAGAGACAUUUAAGAUAUUUGUUGGUGCUAUAUUUUACAUCGGCAAAGGCAAGCGGUCCCGACCAUACUGUCAUCUCUUUGAAGCUCAGUCCCACAUGAACAAUAAUCUGGGCAAAGCUGGUAAGAAGGUCCAACAUAUCUUGGACAUCUGGAAUGAUGGGCAAGGAGUUGUUUCCCUGCACUGUUUUCAGAGCGUCAUCCCUGUGGAGGCAUACACAAGAGAGGCCUGUAUGGUGGAUGCCAUAGGUUUACCUCGAUUAACAAAUAUAAAAAGGGGAGAUGUCUACGGUCCAGCCACAUCAUGGUCGAUUAAAAACCGUCAGCGAUUUGGGGUCUUCCUUCUAAGAAAGGCUCUACAAAUAUUUCUUGGUGAGGGAGAGAGACAGAUUUCUCCAGGAGAUAUAAAGAAAUAAACCUGUUUGUGACUUUGGUGAUGUAUUGAAGGUUUAAUUUUUGCAAUUUGGGGUUUUGAUUAACACAAGUCAUGCUUACAAAUUUUGAAUAGUGUUGUAACUCUAAUCUCAAGUUAAUUAUAGAUUUGUAAAUUGCAAAAAAAGUGACAUGUGAUACUUAUAUUGACAUUUUUAUACCAUUUACUAAAGAAAAGUACUUCAUAACUACCCCCUGUACUCAUUUUCUCAAACAUUCCAUAAUUGUCUACAAUUCAAAAGUUACAGCUGAGCUGUUUUCAUGAUUAUAAUUGUAUUUCAAUUGAGCAUAAUCAAAUUCCAGAAUCAUUAGAAGUAUACUCAGUGAAAUACUUUUUUGAUUUAAAAGCAGUAUAUAUUUGUAUUUUUAUUUUAAUUUGACAUGCUUAGCAUGAACCAGAUUUAUAUUUCUUUCUGCAUGGAUUCUCUUUUAAUACCAAUCAAUAAGGUGAAGAAAUUUGAAAAAUAUGUAUGAGUGUAUUAUAACCAGUAUUUCAGAUUACAUGUACUACAUAUGAAACAAUAAUCAUUGUAUGGGGCCAUGAAUUGUUACAUCCAUUAACUUAUAUUUUUGGCAACGAAUUUGUAAUUGUCACAUCACAUACACGUAAAUUGGUGCUCUGAAUGUUGUUGAAUUAUAAUUGCAACAUACUGUCUGUAUUAAGGAAAAUGUCUAAUGUAAUGUAAAUAUUUGUAGUUAGAACAUAUGACAUUUACCAUGAUGUGUUGUUCUGUGGUUAGAACUUUUAUAUGAAGUUCAUGUUGUGAAUAUGCAUGGACAAGUUAUUUUGUUCAAGAAGGCAGCUAAAAUGUUACUUGUACAUAUUUUGUUUGAACUUUGAGAUUCAGAUAUUUUUUUGCUGAGCCAUUAGUUACGUAAUAGUAAAUCUUGUUUUUAAAGGAUAAUCAGUGUUUUUGAUGUUGUAAGGAAUUGUCUACGACAUCUUACUAUAAAAUUGUGUAUUUUUUGCAAUUGUCCAAUUUUUGUGAAAAUUUGCAGAUGGCACCGAUAAGCAGAAUUUAAAAUCGCAAAGUAUUUCCUGAUAAUAAAAUAAUUCAGAUAUUCUGUACAUGCAAGUUUGAUGUGUGGUGCAAUUUUCAGUCUGACAUGCUGAACUAGUGUUAAUUUUAAAAGAAAGAUUUUGCAUUCUUAUGUAUGAAACAAAAUUCUUUUGAAAAUGAUUCACAGACUAAUGUUUAGUAGUAGAGCUCAGUAUCAGUUUAUUGCACAGCGAAAUGUCUUGAAAUGAAUUUAAUAUAGUAAGACAUGACAAAAUUCUGCCAAAUCCUUUGAAUUUGGUGUUUAUUUCCUUCUUGUGUUUUAGCAAGAGGCAUGUCUAAUUUGAUCCAUUCAAUGUAUGUUGAUGUGUUAUCAAUCCAGUAUUAACUACUGUACUUAAUUGAUACAUUCAGUGUAGACCUUGUGGAUGUGUUUUAUAUUUCGCAACUAACACAGUUUAAAGUAUUUAAUUUUAUUUGGGGGGGGGGGAACUCUUUUAGCUUUUGAUAUAAAUAAGCUUAUUAUAAAUAAUAUGAACUUCUACUUGAAUUGAAAUGGAAACACUUUUGUAUUGUCCUCCAGUUCUAUGUAAUAACUGUAUGUGAUAAG